UGUUGAGAUCAGUCUGAUCUGCUCUUAUUUGUGGACAUGCAGGAUACAUUGUAUGUUUUAACUUUGCUAGAUUUAUUGUUAUCUGCACUAGUCUGUGUGUUUAAAAGAAACCGUGACGUAAUCAAACAGCACCCGUGUUAUUUGUAGCAGCAGUAGCAGCAGUUAACUAAGUGAAGUAUUUACAAAACACACAAUAAAACGCGUUUUGUGUGUUUUUGGUAAACAGGUGGAAGCAAAGUAAGUCUGUGAUUGUAUUUAUUCAGAGACUAAUGUUUUUUGUGUGCGUUAAAACACAGUUAAGACGUUAUGGCUAAUGUUAGCACAAAGUUAGUUAAGCUAACAUGAGAAACUGAUGACACAUCGGCUAGUUUAACUAACUAAACUGAGUUUUGAGUUGACAUAGAUAAUAAUGGAGGAAAUGUCGUCUUGUUCAUCAACGGUGACUGCUGUUUCUGGAGUAUCUUUCCUACAGAAGACGUUGGAGCGUCUUUCCUCCACUCAGUGUCUGAAACUCAAAGCGGAGGAGUCGUCUCCAGUCGCUGUCAUCGCUCUGCAGAGAUACUUGUCAGAACAAACCGACGGACAACAGCCGCAGCCGGACACUUACAGCUACGACGUGACUGUGACAGACGGAGUAUGGCGAGCAAAAUGCUUCCUGGACCCAAGGUUAAACCACUUGGUGCAUAAAAGCGUGCUGAGGACAGGGGCUGACGUCCGCAUCACUCAGUGUUCCUUUGUUUACAAUGAGAGGAGGCUGGGACACGGUUACAUCUGCAUUGAAAACCUCACAUGCGGACUGUCUUCUGUGUGGCUCCGUGGACAGGAUGUCACUGCACUUCCCAUACUGGUGAAGCACGGCAUGGAAAGGAGUGUAGCCCUGCAGAGUGAUGUGCCACUGCAGGUGAGCCGCAAACAUUACCUGGCUUUGUGGAACAAUGAUGAUCCGGAGGGAGACAUGUGGGCCAUAGGGUCCCCCUCAUCCGACACAGUACUGGACGUGACUAAGAUUACUCUACUGUGUAAUCUGGAGUCAAACAUUAGAAACACAUGGAAACCUCUGCCUCUCCUUGUGAAGAUCAUGAACAAAUCCAGAUUAAGGUAUUACGGCAAAUUUGGGCAAAAGAUUGAUUACCCCUACCAGGCUUACUUUGAAGUUGCUGACCAGAGUGGCAUGAUGUCUCUCGUUCUUUGGAAUGAACUUUGUCCAGAGUUUUACCAGAGACUGAAUGUGGGCAUGGUGCUGUACCUUCAAAAUUACACACUGAAGCAGAGUUAUUCAAAAAGGUCACGACCCCAAAUGGGCCAUCACAGAAUGAUGUCUUUUAACUCUGUAGAAAUCUGCCUGAACCCCCGUAACCCAGCUUCAGUCAUCACUGUGAUCUCACCAAAGAGCGUUCUGCCACAGUGGGAACUGCCUGAGGUCCCCUACCAGUUCACCACCAGGUCAGAAUUGGAAAAACUGCCCAAGAGUUCUGUAUGUGACAUCAUUGGUUUAGUAACGUUUGUAGGUCGUGUUGAAAGAGUAAAGAGCAAAGGGAAUAUAGUUCCAGAGAAAUACUGGACGUAUCGCUGGGUUCAUGCAGUCGACGGUUCAUCUGACCUUCCAUUUAUCCUUGAAGUUUUUUCUUCCUCUCAGUCAGAAAUCUUUAAUCACAUUUGUCCAAUGACCUACCUGGUUUGCACUCAGAUGCGGGUGUGUCGAGUGGAAGGCUCAGUGCCUUACCUCACAACCAGCUGUGAGACGGAGAUGUUCAUUACAGGUCACCACAAAGGUCAACCUUAUGUGACGGACCCCAGAGUGAAAAGCUUCAUCCAGUGGACAAAGACUCUGAAGGACAACAUCGUCCUCCAGAAGACUGCUGUUGGUGGCCAUUAUUGUUACCCUCCUGCUCCCAAGAUCUUCACCCAAUCAGCAGACAAUGCCACAGCCCAAAUUCCUCUGGUUGCCUUCACUGAUCUAAAGAGGGAGAUAGAAACGCUGCAUUACAGAGAACAUAAAAGACUUGCAAUUCAAGGGCAAAUCAUGGCAGUACAAUACAUGAAAAGCCUGAAGACAAUGGACUCAUACCAAACAGAAGAAGGAGAGACCUCAGGUUUUCCUGUUGAUACAUGUGAAGACACUGAGCAGGACUCGACCUGUGAUCGCGGGAUGGUCGGGCAGACGACGGCUGCCAGUUUAAGUCCAUCCAGUGAGAAAGUCUUAACCCGUGGUGGGAAAAAAAGAGGUCAAACCAGAGAGGGUCAUCAGUCGUCUGUGAUUUUUAGAAGCACACCAGCAAAACGAAGGGCAGGACAUGAAGGUACGGAGAUCAGACAAGAACAGGAAGAGAUCAAAUCUGGGUCAAAGGAGAUGCACCACGUGGAAAACCAAGACUCUGAUGUUUUAUCUUGGCAAAGCAGCAGUUGGCCUAAGCAACAGCAGGACGUGCCUGAACAUCUACAUCAUGGACGUCUGUUUGAGGACAGCAUCUCUCAGAGGUUCACGUUCGAUGAAAAGAACGUCCUCCUGCAGUUGAGUAACCUUCAUCCAUCUCGGUGGAAGUCAGAGCAAACCACAGACACCGCUCCAUCUGUGGUGUGUCCGGGAUAUUACCAAAUAACAAUAUUAGGCAUAAAUAAGCAGUUAGCCGUCAAUGCUGCGUAUCUUCCUGUGGUCCACUCUGAUGAGCCCAGGGCUGUGGGUCUUCCACAGGAUCCACACGGAAACUCAGCGCUGUCCUGCCUCUCGUCAGGUUUCUUCUGCCCUCUCAGCAACACGGCAGACCUGAGCCAGUCGAUACUUCCACAGCCUGAGGAAAUCUUAGCGACAGCCAGUGAGCUGGAAGACUUACAUGUGGUGUGUGUUCUGGAUCUCUGUCAUUUGGGCGGAAACAAAGUGGAAAUCCUCAUCAACAAAGUGUACGGAGUGAACGAAGUUACGCUGUAAUAGAAGUUUCAAAAGUAAAAAUUUUA